AGGCGACAUGGGGUCGGGGAAAAAAAAAAAGGAAAUUGAAUCAAAUCCAAUUGCUGGGCAAUGGGAGCAAAGAAAGCACCACAGCGCCAUUUCUUUUCCCAGUAGUUCCACUCUCAACUCACCUUUUCGGGCUUUCUGCUACUGACGUGUGGGAAAGCCUUGUUUGUCUGUUAGUAACAAACAGGUAAAUGUGCAACCCCCAGACGCACGCAUACCCGUCUAGUCCCAUGCGAAUUAGGCUUCACCCAACGAGACGACACAGCAAAUCGGCGCACGUCAAACGAUAAAGACGGCAAAACGAACGGCCUGGUCCCGCGUGUCGCAAGUUCACACUGCAACGGAUAAAAAGAGCACAAGCUCACUCGGACGGCACAGCACAUUUGUGUAUUGCUAGUUCGCUGUCGUCACUGUUGUCUCAAUCCGCGCCCGUGCGUGCAUUUUGGCCUUUAGUUUAAACAGCGCGAGAUCUAGACAACUUCCGCCUUUCGCUUAGGACCCAAGACAACCAGUAGCAUUUUCACAAUGGGUGCCCUCAAGAACAUUGCAUACUAUGCAUUCCACCCGGUUGAGCUCCGGGCAAUUAUCCAGUGGAAGGUAUGGCACGAGCCUGUUCACACCCGCGAUCCCAGCAAAGAGCGCCCGACAGAAACGGCAUGCUUCAAGUACCUCGAUUUGACGUCCCGCAGCUUCGCGGCCGUCAUCAAGGAGCUGAACCCGGAGCUCUUGAUGCCAGUUUGCAUCUUUUACCUCGCCCUGCGCGGCCUUGACACCAUUGAAGACGAUAUGAGCAUCCCGAACGACAAGAAGAUUCCGCUGCUUCGCAACUUUGCCGAUUUCAUGGACCAGGAUGGCUGGACCUUCAACGAGAAUGGCCCCAACGAGAGGGAUCGUGAGCUUCUCGUUCACUUUGACGAAGUCAUCACAGAGCUGAAGCUUGUCAAGAAGCCGUACUACGAAAUCAUCCGCGACAUCACGGUCAAGAUGGGUAACGGCAUGGCCGACUACGUCCUCAAGACGGAGAACACGACCAACUGCAUCAACACAGUCGAGGAGUACGAAAUGUACUGCCACUAUGUUGCCGGCCUGGUCGGUGAGGGGCUCACUCGCCUGUUCGUUGUUGCCGACCUGGCCAACCCCAAGCUGCUCGAGCGAAUGGACCUUGCCGAGUCCAUGGGGCAGUUCCUGCAAAAGACAAACAUCAUCCGAGACGUUCACGAAGACUAUGUCGACAAGCGCAGCUGGUGGCCACGCUCGGUAUGGAGCAAGUACGCCAAGGAGUACGACGAUCUCUUCAAGCCCGAGAACCGACAGCAAGCGGUCUACUGCUGUUCCGAGCUGGUCUUGAACGCCCUCAAGAACGUUGAGGACUGUUUAUAUUACAUGGCCGGCAUGCGCGAGCAGUCCGUGUUCAACUUCGUGGCCAUCCCGCAGACCAUGGCCAUUGCGACGUUGGAGCUUGUGUUCCAGAACCCCAAGAUUUUCGAGCGUAACGUCAAGAUCACAAAGGGCGAUGCCUGCCGGAUUAUGCUGAGGUCAACGCAGAACCUCAGGUUGGUCACGGACCUCUUCAAGGAGUAUACCCGAAAGAUACAUCAGAAGAACGACCCCCGUGAUCCAAACUACGCAGCUAUCAGCGCGCAAUGUGGAAAGAUUGAGCAAUUCAUCGAGACGAUAUUCCCGUCGCAAGAUCCCAAGGUCCUCGAGCUGGCACAGAAGGACGUCAAAGUGUCGGAAAAGCCAGGCAUGGACACCUCGGAGGCUGUGGUACUUAUCCUAGCUGUGCUCGCCAUGUUUUUGUUUUUGGGAGGGUUGAUGAUUGGUCUCGCGUGGCUCAUGGGUGCCAAGUUCAACCACUUCUUCAGCAGUAUCGACGCCGCCGUCAAGCCGUCGCCACUACCGUCAGGUCACCAGGAGCUCUGAUCAGGAUGGAUACUUUUGACACUUUGUGAUUUUUUUUUUUUUUUUUUUCAAAAGUUACCUUGUCCAAUGAGCCCAUCAAAGCCCGGUGUUAACUUCUCUUUCCAGAGUUGAUUGCGUCUUGGUUUUUUCAUGUGGUACACGAAGCGACGUCCAUGUUUCGUCGACUUCUUGAUGCGGGAGUAUAUAAACACACUAAUAGGCACGGAUUAAGGGGACACUUUUUGGGGUGUGGGCAGGCAACGCGACUCAGGGCUAUGAUGGACGGGGGUUUGAUCAUAUUUCAACCAUAUCCUAAUAACAACAAGACAUUAACGCAAGUCUUUUCUUCAGAGAUUGGCUAAAUCCCACUCUUUUUUUUUUUUUU